AUAACUUUUUUAUAAUUUUUUUAUUAUUUUUGUAUUUAUAAAAUCGACUAAUUUUAAAUAUUUUUUCAAUUAAUAUUUAUUAAAACUAUUUUUAAAUAUGUUUUUUUAAUUUACAGGUCUACUGGUGAUCAGACCCGGUCUCGAUCUCGUCGUGCCUCACCACAAGGUCGUAGUGGUACGGAGAGCCAUUCUCAGGGUUCGUCCAGCCACUCUUGGGGUUCGUCCAGCCACUCUCGGGGGUCGAGCAGGCACUCUCGGAAUUCUUCAUUUCCCACUCCGGUUUUUGCUCCCGCUGCUGCACCCCCUCCCACUGCUGCACCCCCUCCCGCUCCUCCAGUCGUUCCGGGAGUGAUGACUGUUGCCCAGUUGGUUCAACAGCCCGGUCGUGAGCAUCUUCCCUAUCUCAGUCCGUGUCCAAAGGGACGACGUCAAACAUGGUAAUUAAAAGUCUUUUUUUUUUCCUUUCAUUAAAAUUUGAUUCAUUAUUAAUAAUUUGUUUCUUAUAUUAGGUUCAACUGAUCCGGGAACGAGAUCAGCGCAUGGAUCAACAAUAUGAUGUACUCGAACCUCAGCAAGGGAUAUCCGACUUUCACUCACUUCCCUGCCGAGGACCAGGAAAUGUGGUUUCGUCAGUUUGCGCAAGAGUUCACCUGGAAUCCCGAUCACACGAACUUUAUCCGUGACGCCUUCGUCCAUAAAGUUAUGGACAACUAUGGGAAGCAGAUCUACGAGUGGAAGCAGAAGUGGCUCAUCAACCAGGUCCCAAAGUCGAUCAACAACACGGUCUGGGAGGAGUUGUGUGUGCAUUGGGAUAAGGACGAGACGAAAGCUACCUCCGUGACCAACUCCGCCAAUCGCAAGAGCGAUCGUGGCGGGAAAGGCAUGUACAAGCACAAUUUGGGUGCCCAGACUAUUGCCACUCUGGGGGAUCGCUUGGCGGAUGAAAAUGAUGGCGAGCCGGUUGAUGAUUUCGUCCUAAUGAAGACGGCGCAUACCCACAAGCACACCGGGGAGAUUGAUGAUGGUGUUGUGAGGGAUGUGCUCAGCCUGAUCGAAACUCAGAAGAAAAACGAAGAGACCCGUCUAUCUCAGCUUCAAACCGACCUGGACGCCACUUCGACGGCUUCGACCAAUUUGUCCCGGAUUCGAAUCAACGAAAUCGUUGAAUCGUCGGUUCCAAAGAAAAAGAGACGUUUGGUCGGUUUGGGUCGUCGAGCCCGGUCGGUUACUCUUUUUGCACCACAGCCCUAUGUUGAUCCAAAAGUGCUUAUGGACCAGUUGAAGGACAAAGAUGUCCGCAUAGCUGCGUUGGAGCAAAAGAUGGCGGAUCAAGAGGCGGGAUGGGAGGCAACGAGGAAGCAGAACGAGCAAAUGAUGGAGAUGAUGAAGAGGAUGUACCCGAACAAGCAGUUCCCGUAGUUUCUUUCUUUUUUUUUUCAAAAACUCUGAAUGUUUUAUUUUGGUAUGUACAACUUUAAAUAGUAUCUAAUAUGUUUUCUAUUUCAAUUUUAAUUUUAUAUUUUCAAAUUUCAAUUAAAAUAAAUAAAUUUUUAAUUUUUUUAAAAAAAUUAUUUUUGGGAAUAUUCCGAGGAAGUGUAUCCCUCGGGAUAUUCCGACGACAACUUCCUCGGAAUAUUCCGAGGAAUUCCGAGGGCAUAUCUCCUCAGAAUAUCCCGACGGAUACACUUCCUCGGAAUAUUCUGACGGCAAAGGUUUCUCGGAAUAUUCCGACGGCCGAAGUUCGUCAGAAUAUUCCGAUACCUUUUUUCUCUCAGAAUGUUUCCGAGGACCGUUCCAUCGGAAAUAUCCGAGGACCGUUCCAUCGGAAAUAUCAGAGGAGAUACCAACGAACAGUCCUAGGAAAUUUUUCUUCGGAAUGUCCUCGGAAUCUUUAAUUCUCGGUAUUCCCUCGGAAUUUUCCGAGGAAAUUCCGAGGAAAUUUUACUUUCCGACGAGAAAUUUCCGACGAGAAAUUUCCGACGACCAUUCUCGUCGGUAUGUCCUCGGAAUACCGUUAUUCGAAAGACAUACCGACGAUAUUUGUCGUCGGAAUCCCGGUGUUUUCUUGUAGUGUACAAUCAAUUUGGGAUAAAGGAUCCAGAUGGAUUAUUGGAAGGUGAUUGCAAAAUAUGUAACAAGAAUUCUUUGAUUCAAAUCGAUCAUGGUGUAAGCAACUAGGCGUGCGUAUAAAAAUUCUUUUUUUUGGAUCAAACCAUACUUGCAUUUAAUUUAGAAGAGUUUAAACUCCAUUAAAGGAGAAUACAACAAGACUGCAUUGAGCCAAACAAACCAAACACUGGUAAAGGAAACAAUAGAAUGGCGAUACAAAUCAUAAAAAGAAGCCAUAAGAAAUUGCAUCACAAUAGUUUCAUAGACAUUCUGAAAGAUCGCAUCUAGUGUAACCCAUAAGACUACACAUACUACACCAUACGCAGAGAGCAUUCGCUGGGAGGA